AUGAACAAUUCAUGGAAAAAAGCUAUAGGGAAUCCAUGGAAGAUCUCCGUGCGUCCAACUUCGUGUAGGCACAGAAGUGUAGUGGUUAAGCGUGCCGUUCGCCGUCGUCGUAGGUACACCACACGUCCGUGUGCGCGUCUCAUCCUCCGUCGAAAAAGAAGCGUCCGCCGUCGACGUAAGUAUUAUUUGAGUUGCUCGUCAUUUUCACCGUCAGUGUUCACUCACGUUUUUUUUUAUCACGACGCUCUUCACGCGUUGUCCGAGCCACGUCCGCUGCCGUGCACUGUACGAUACCUCCGGACGACGUGUCCGACGCGACGCCAUAUUUCGCUGACGCGCGACAUAUUUUAUCCCGUUCGAUCGAUACGAUUUCGCGUUCCGUUCGCCGCCGCAACGAUCUACCGUGUGACCGGUCGUUUCGAGUACGCGUUUUCUUCUGUCGUGCCAACAUUGCGCCGUCAUUUGGAAACUAACCAUACAAACGUCAAAGAUAAACCUGUUGAUUAUUUUAUUCGAUUGCGUGAUCAACUUUUAAAGAAUAAGAACUUUAUAGCUGAAGUAACAAAAACGGAAAAUGAAAAAGCAACAGAGGCAUCUUAUAUGGUCAGUUAUCGUAUUGCUCAGGCUGGUAAAGCUCAUACAAUUGCCGAAAGUCUAAUCAAACCUUGCGUGACUGAUAUUGUUAGUUGUAUGUUAGAUGAAAAGGCAGUCAAAAAAAUAAAUACUAUUCCGCUUUCCAACGAUACCGUUAGGCGUAGAAUUAACGAUAUAUCAACUCACAUAAAAUCGGAAUUAAUAUCUCGUCUUAAAUGUAAUAAUUUUGCUUUACAAAUGGACGAAUCCACUGACGUUUCUGGAUUAGCUGUAUUGCUUGUAUUCGUUAGGUAUAAAUAUCAAACUUCUCUUGAAGAAGACCUCUUAUUAUGUCAACCUUUGUCCACUUAUACAACUGGUUAUGAAAUCUUCAAUAUGUUGAACAAUUUUUUUGAAAUAGAAGGAUUGACUUGGGAUAAUUGUAUUGAUAUUUGUACAGAUGGAGCGAAGGUAAUGGUUGGAAAAACUGCUGGCGUGGUUUCGCGAAUUAAAGAAGUAACCAACAAUUGUAGUAAUAGUCAUUGCAUUCUUCAUCGUCAAGCACUUGCUAUUAAAAUGAUGCCAAUACCUCUUAAAAAUGUACUUGAUGAGGCAGUGAAGAUUAUAAAUUUCGUAAAAUCUCGACCAUUGAGCACAAGACUGUUCACAAUUUUGUGUGAAGAUAUGGGAAGUAUGCACAAAUCACUACUUUACCAUACCGAAGUAAGAUGGCUUUCUCGGGGAAAAACACUUGUACGCUUACUCGAAUUGCGCAAUGAAUUGUACGUUUUUUUCACCGAUCACCCAUUUAAUUUACAGCUCAGACUUAGUGAUAAAAUUUGGUUAUUUCGACUUAGUUACUUGGCUGAUAUUUUUACAAAAUUGAAUGAAGUGAACUUAUCAAUACAAGGUAAAAUGACCACCGUUUUCACGGCAAAUGACAAAAUUCGAGCUUUAAAAAAAAAAAUUAAAUUUUGGGCUGUGUGUUUUUCUCAACAUAAAAUUGAUAGUUUUCCUUUGUUAAAGGAAUAUUUAGAAUCGAUUGAUGGUAAUAUUGAAGAUUUUGAUGAAAUAUAUGGCGAAAUUGAACAACAUUUAAAUGAAAUACUAUCGUCAUUAGAAAAAUAUUUUCCAGAAAGUAAAGACAUAGAAUUUAUCCAACGAUAUAAUUGGGUUAAAAAUCCGUUUUUAAUCAACGAUAAGCCCGAAGAUUUAUCUAUAACGGAGUAUGAAGAAUUUAUUGAAAUGACCACCGAUUCAUCUUUAAAAACUUUAUUUGAUAAAAUAUCAUUAACAGAUUUUUGGUGCAGUAGCAGUAUUACUAACGAAUAUCAAUCUCUGGCUAAAAAAUCUAUCUUAGCACUUCUUCCUUUCGCAACAACAUAUCUAUGUGAAACCGGAUUUUCAUUAUAUGCAUCAAUGAAAACCAAAUAUCGUAAUAAAUUGGAUGCUGAAGCAGAUAUGCGUAUUCAACUCUCGCCUAUCAAGCCAAAUAUAAAAAUACUGGUCAAUAAAAAAAGCCAACAUCACGGAUCACAUUAAUAAAUA